CACCAGCGUCAGGACAAACGCAGGACACCAGCCCAGACACAGGCUGAUCUCCAAUUUCCUGCAGGGGCUGCAGACCCACAGCCCAAGCACAGAGGCCUGCAGAUCAGCUCCAGUCCAGCUGCUGACACCCAGGAACAGACCCUCUAUGCCGCCGUGAAGGACACACAGCCUGAGGAGGGCGUGGAGCUGGGCCAUCAGCAGAGCCUCCAUGAUGAAGACCCCCAAGGAGCGACAUACGCCCAGGUGAACCACUCAAGAGCAAGACUCAGGCAGGGAGUGGCCACCUCUCCUGCCCCACUGUCAGAGGAACUGUUGAACUCUAAGCACAGACAAGCAGAAGAGGACAGACAGAUGCACAGACAGGCUGCUGCAUCUGAAGACCCCCAGGACGUGACCUAUGCCCAGCUGAACCACUUGAUCCUCAGACGGGAGAUGACACCCCCUUCCUCCCAGUCAGAGGAGCCCCCAGCAGAGCCCAGCGUGUACGCUGCUCUGGCCAUCCAUUAGCCCAGGAAGGACCCGGACCCCAUCCUCCAGCGAGGGAGACUGCAGGGACCCCAGAAGGCACAGAAGCUGCCCCCACUAGACGCUCAGCUAAUAACCCCCAGCCAGCCUGGAAUCCUAAUGUGGACCACCAGGAGCUUCUGGGACUCAUUGGGAGUCACCUGGUUCUGCAGUCUGAUAACUGAUAUCCCCACAUUUUGGA